AUUGAUGACAGCAACUCAAGUGACGAUAGUGAUGAUGACAAUGACAUUCAGUUUAAUUACAACGACAGUGAAGGUGAAGGUGAUUCAUUCCAUCCUGAUUUAUCGAGUGAUGAAGAGGACGGAAUUUAUGACGGAGAACUGAAUGAUUCUUCAAGCGGCGUUGAAGAGAGAGUUGGUAGUGGUCAACCAGAAAGUGUAGAAGACUUAGACUCAAGUUUUAACUCUGACGAACCCUCUGCUGUCAAUGCCAGCGAAUCCUCUGAAAACCCGGGUAGUCAACCGAGUGACAACGUUAAAAACUCUGAAGGCACAUAAAAAGGUACUCCCCUCAUAAUGUAAAUAAGUUACAUGAGGAAAUCUCCAGAAGAUAGAUAAAAAUUAUGCUUGAGAACCUGUUCAUUAAACUAAGGCAAUCUACUUCUAUGCUUUUUUAGGCGCUGUGGUACUUAAAUGGCAUCCAUAGAUGUCAGCUUUUUUACUGUCGUGAUAAAGUGACUCUUAAUGAUAUAACUUUUUCCUUUCUUUUUGAUAUUGGUAUUUGUUUUUUCUUUCCUCUUUCACUGUUCUCCUGUAAAUCAGGUACCUUCCCACCUUACAGUUUCUCCUCUGACUGGAGUACAUAGCCACGUUUUAUGAUGAGCCCUUUUGUAUCUAAAUCUCCAUGUUGUGGAGGAUUCAAGUGAAAAUGUAGAUUCGCUCUCUUUCCAGCAGAAGAAUGUCAUGUAUAAACCUUGAAAUGAAAGGUCCGUACCUUCUGAAGCCUAAAAAAUAAUUGUAUAAUUCAAAUUAAGUCAUUUUCAACUCAUCGGAUCAGAUUUAUUUUAGUCUUCAAACAAGUUUAUAAGUUGCGCUUGUUUUUAAUUUAUUGUGUAAGAACUGUCUUCUCUUUAAUCAAAUCGAUUUUGCUUAGUUUGUACCUAGAAACAUACUUAAAUUACAAAACAUACCGUAUAAAAAUACGUCCAUACAUAUUUUUAUCAUCUAGAGAGACUCUGACCAAGAGAUAUCGCUCCCCUUGCUAACUUUUUUAUACACUUGAAUGUGAUCUAAAAUUGUAUCCCAUCAAAAUUUCCUUUUUUCUAAUUACUGAGAUUAUUUUGGCUUCAUGAAGAUAAGGCCCUCUUUCCUCCCUCAAAAUAUUGAGACUAAAAUAUUGAUAACAUUUUCUUACUUCAACAAGAAUUUUAUUCUUACAAUUAAGUUCAUAUUCAUUUACUAUUAAAAGUUACACAACCUCUCUGAAGACCUGUCGAUCGUUUCGAAUUUUUUGAGAUAUCUUCUUGAAAACAUACUCUAAUUGGUAAGCUACUUUAUAAAGACAGGGUGAGAGGAAGCAACCACUCUUUUUAUCAUUGGCUCCUCAAAAAUUGCAAAAUUUUAAACAUUUUAUAGAAAUCUCUAAAUCCACAGUGAAUCAUUUAAUGUGCCAAAAAUUCUUGUAAUAUGUAAUGCCUCCUUUAAUUUUUCCUAUAAUUUUUCAAUAUUGAUAUUUUUCUUAGCUCUUUCAUCUGCACAGAACUUCCAUUUUGUUACUUGUAAAGAUUAUUUUUAUUCUUAAAUUCAGAUUUCACCUCAAAAUUUCACAAUCCGCAAAUCAGUCAAUUCUCAUGCAAGUAUAAUUUAAGUGAUGAAACCUAUGAUUCUUCAUCGUCUCCCUUUUAUAUCUUCUUGAUUAUAAUAGUAUUAUGUACUCACAAUUUCUUCAGUUUUACCAAACGAUGAUACUAAAUUGUGUACUUAAGUGAAAUUAUGUUCCUGUACUUUGAGUAUUAUUAUACUAAGAAUUGUUCAACAUUGAACACAUUGUGUGCCACUCCAGACUCAAAAAGCAGUCUCUGACAAACUAAGGGUGUCUGUAUUGAAACCUUGAGCCAAACUUAAUUCUGAUUCUAGAAUUAGAAUUUUCUCAGUUGUUUGAUCAUGUCAGCCCCUUUUUCAAGUGUUUCUUUGGCGCUAUGAGGAUGUAUUUGCAAAAACUGGUCGGCAUGGAAAGUGUUAAUGCUUGAAUUAUUAAUGUUAGCUGAAUUGGGGUAAAUAUUACAUUGAUAAGUUUAUUUCUAAGUAUUUAAGGUUUAUAAUAUUUUGCUGGUCAGCAAUCCUUCUUCUUAACAUGAGAAGCUAUCGCAACUGAAGCAACUCAACACAUUUGCAAAAAAAAUUAAGUAUUUAUCUUUGUGUUUAUUAAUCAACUUCUACCGUCUAAUUGUUCUGAUGUUAAGGGGCUAACAAGUUUCAAAAGCUUAUCCUUAAACUGAACACUCUACGGACCUCAAUAUUGCUAAUUGGUCUCCAAUUGUUUUUCAAGCUUUAAUUUUCAUGUCAUCAUUGUGAAACUUUGAAAUAACUUACAACUUUUUUGAAAAUUUUUAUAAGUUAGUUCUCUCUUUUUUCUGCAUCUAUAUUUUUUCUUUGAGGGAAAAAAUCGUUACUCCUUGAGCCCUCUUUAACUUGAUAAAAUGUAAAAAAUAAGUUGCUAGAAGUCAAUGAUUUAUUUUGAGAGCAACGUUUCUUUUGUUUGCAAGUUAGACUGUGCCAAUCUUUAUAAUUAUUUCAAAAUAGAUGUUGCUGAAAUUAAAACAGAUACAUUUGGUUCCUUACAAGACUUUCAUACAUGAUUUUGUGAAUGGGAAAUUAAAAAAAAUGUUUUUAACUCUUGCCCCGGUUCUCUAACUUCAGAGUUGUAAUUUUUUCUUUUUGUUGUUUCCUUUGUAUAGUAUAUUUGUCAUGUUUAAAUGACCUAAAACGUGUUUCAAUAACUUAAAAAGCUCAUUAAUUUUAGGUUUUUGCAAAUUAUUUUAUCUAAAUAAAAUUGAUUUGUAAGCCUCUAAUGUCUAUUUUCCGACCACAAACUUAAUACUUUUUAUUUGACUUACCUCGCAAGUCAACAAAUGAGGUUAGCAAGAGGCUAUGCUUCCAUCUGAGAGUUGGAGCUGGAUCCUAACAAGGAUUUUGCAAAGUGUAAAUAUUAUCAAGUGAUGAAUCUCAUAGAUUGUAGGCUGGUAUUUUUAGUUUUAUUCAUUCGUGCAAAAUUACACGGAACAACAUGGUUAUACAGGUCUCUUCUUGAGCUAUUUCUUUUACAGGUAUAACCCCAAAAAGUAAUAAAAUUCCCCUGUGUGCAUUCAAUAGUAACAAAAACUAUCUGUGUUGAAACUACAAAAACAUAUAUCUUGUUUGCAGCAGUUCAAAAUUAACGCUGACAUGUUAUUGUAUCAAUAGAGAACUACCUAACAUAGCUGCUUGAAUUUUUUACAAAGUUUUCUUCUCUUGCUAAGCAUCAGUUGUUUUUCUUUCAUAUCCAUAAGCUUGAGUUUCAAUCUAAUUUGUUUCAAAAAAGACACACAAAAAUGUAAAUUAUCAGUAUUACACAAUUAUUUUACUUUCUUAA